GUUUGGGUAAAUCGUGGUAAGAAAGGCAAGAGAACUAUCGAAGCUGCAGGGAUGGACUGCUCGGAUCAGAAGGUGCUCGCAGCUGUCCACAUGGAGGAGCCUGUGGGACUGACGCUUGACUACGUGGCUGGCCGGCUCUACUGGAUCAGUGAAUAUAAAGAGUCCAUAGAGACAGUAAACGUGGAUGGCAGUGGGAGGCACACCUUUCCUGAGAUCUUCUUGGAAGAUGACGACCCAAUAGGACUAGCUGUAUUUGAGAACUCUUUCUUCUGGGCAAAUAAAAUACGGCUGUUUCACACUUCGCCUCACACCCCAAAGGAGAGAGUGGUAUUGCUCAGUGCUUCCAUAUCUGCUUUCUCGGUCCUCCACAAAUCCCAACAGCCCAAGGGCAGAUACCCAGCAUGCGCUCCGGGCUCGUGCAGCCACCUCUGUCUCCUGUCCCCCGUCCAUCCCAAGGGCUAUCAGUGUGUUUGUCCAGAGGGAAUGUUCCUUUUACCUUCUGGGAUAUGUAGUGAGUUAAAGCUAGUGUUUUCUUCUGGCAAACGUCUCUACUUACUGAAAGUUGGUUUUAUGGGAACUGCUAUAGAGAGAACCCUAGUUCAAGAGCAUCCUAGGAACAUCUAUUUACUGGAUAUUGACUGGAAAAGAAACCUCAUCUACUGGACAAAUGCCCAGGGACAGCUAUUCUGCUCAACUGGCUAUUCAGGAGAAAAGCGAGAGAUUUGGACAGAGCAUACAGUCUGCUCAGCAAAUGUGGACAUACCCACGGGGAACUUGUACUGGGUGCCCUGUGACCGAAGUGCUAUCCAGAAGACUAGGAUCCCUGGCCCAGACACCUGGACCCUCUACAGAACAGGCAGCAUUAUACUGCCUCUUCUUCUCGAUUGGCCAAAGAGAGUGCUCUACUGGGUAGAAAGUGGGAAACACUUGCAAAGUAUGACUCUCGAUGGCAAAACCAGACAGCAAGUCUGGACAGGCACCUGGACGGCGGACACCCACAUGGCCUUAGACCUUGGCUCGUCUAGCAUCCUCUGGACGACCAAAGGGUCAGGGUUGCAGAGUCUGAGUCUCCUAAAAAACAGAACAUACACUUUGAACAAAACCUGGAGUGAUGGCAUUAUAGCGGCUCACGAGCCCUACCUGGUGACCGUGCACAGAGGAGCCCUCCUGCUGUGGGACAGGAGGACGCUGGAGCCCUUCGCGGUGUCGAAAGAGCCGUACGUGAGGAAGAUGAUCAUCCUGGCAGAGAAUCAGCAGGUUUCAGGCGAGUCUUCCUCUGUGCGGUGCUUCUUUGAAAUCCACUUUCUCUGCCUCUCGCCGGUGUGUUUUCAGAGGAUAAAAUCCUGGGUAUCUUUGUAUUGGCAGUUGUCCUGAGCCACAGUGCAGCAGGCCUUCUCCCUAACUUGGCCCUAUCCUGGAGGAGUAAGAAUCGGACCCCUUUCUCAAAGUUGCUAAAUGACACAAGACCCCAGGCAAAACUCCCAGAAGUUUGCCCACCAGAACCCCUUUGGGGAGUCCUCUCGUACGUUAGCACCUUAAAUCUCUUAAUCUGAUGGUAAAGAGAUCCAUUUAAUUUGUCUAAAGCACUUACCCGAACAGAUUUUACCGAGGAACCCCCAUGGUCUUAACGUUUCGGGUCAAGGAUAGAAGAUGCUUGGAGAGAUGCAGCAGCAUCUCGCCGAGGAUCCUUUGCAAAACCAUUCUGGGGCUGUGGAUACCAACCAGGACAAGCAGUCCUUCCGGCUGUUGAAGCUGUACCCGUAGUUCAGAUCACCCUGCUUACAGCUGCUUUUUUUUCCUCUUCACAUAAGCCUUUGGCCUGGCGCCAAAAAAUCGGAUCCUGGAUCUUGAGGCAGACAAAGCAGAAAUCCUAUCACAGGAUCCAGGGGGCUUUGUUAUAGGGUAUAACAGGAAGCCAGACAGAACAAGUCCCUGUCUGCAGAAACUUUAUUUAUUUAUUUUUUAAAGAUUUUAUUUACCUGACAGACACAGCGAGAGAGGGAACACAAGCAGGGGGAGUGGGAGAAGGAGAGAAGCAGGCUUCCUGCCAAGCAAUGAGCUGGAUGCGGGGCUCGAUCCCAGGACUCCGGGAUCAUGACCUGAGCCGAAGGCAGACGCUUAACGACUGAGCCACCCAGGCGCCCCCCCUUUUUUUUUUA